UGCUUCCAGGAAUAUAAACAUAGGGAGGAGUUUAGUCACCGCUUUUGGAGAUCAGAAAAGCUUCAUUUCUGGCUUUUCAAGGCCUUUUGUUAGUCUGAAGAAGGGUGCCAACCUCUUCCAGUUUUUGGCUAUCCCGGUUCUUUUCCUGUGAUAUGAUUGUGGGUAAGAUUUUAAAGGGCUGAACCAGGGUUAUCCUCUCUCGCCUGCAAUAUUCCAGAGCAGGGCUCCUCAACCAUGGCCACUUUAAGAUGUAUGGACUUCAACUCCCAGAAUUCCCUAGCCGUGCGGACUUCAACUCUCUGAAUUCUAUGGCCGCGUGGACUUCAGAAUUUUCUGGCUGGAGAAUUCUGGGUAUUGAAGUGCACCCAUCUCCAAGUUGCCCAGGUUGAGAAACACUGACCUAGAGGAUCCUACGAUCUUCUUUGUCCCGUCUAGGGCACCACAUCAAUAGAGAAGAGGUAGCUUGGGGGUCUCUGAGGUUCUGAAGACCCGUCCAAGAGUCCGGAAGAGUCUUCCAAGAAAGCCAUGGAAGGGGGCGGAAGGAUGGGCCGAGGGGUCUGCCUGGCUGGGCUCCCUCCCCCUGAGAGAGUCCCAGGGAAACUGGGCUGCCUCAGCUGCAUCCAUCCAGGUGUGCUGGAACUGGAAGAUGCAGGCCCCGCCAGCGAUGAUCUCCUGGGAGAUCAGCGCCUCGUCAUAAGGGCAGGCUCUUGAUGUCGUGAUGACCUCAGGAGCUGGGCCAGGAUCCCUCAGCCCUGCUCCACGGAAGGGCCACACCAGCAGGGCUGCUUCGGGGACGGUAGUGAAAAGGGAGGAGAAGCAGAAGGAACAUCCCCUCGGAAUCACCUCCACUCCCAGGUGUAAGAACAGAAACACGAGCCUGGACAGAUGAGAUGCCCAUCAUCAAAUACCCCCGAAGAGUUGACCCCCUUUGGCACGAAUGGGACAGGAAGGCGCAAAAGUGCGGGUUGAGGCACACGGUUUACGCUGUCAACGGAGACCGCUAUGUAGGGGAAUGGCUGGACAACAUCAAACACGGCAAAGGAACACAAAUAUGGAAAAAAUCCGGAGCGAUCUACAGCGGGGAUUGGAAAUUCGGAAAACGAGACGGCUUCGGGACUUACAGUAUUCCAGACCCUGUGACAAAAGAUUAUAAGAAAGUAUAUUCCGGCUGGUGGAAGAAUGACAAAAUGUGGGGCUACGGAGUUAAGUUCUACUCCGAGGGAGAGUAUUACGAGGGCGAAUGGGCCUGGGGAAAGCGAAACGGCUGGGGGCGGAUGUACUACAAAGACGGGGCCAUCUAUGAAGGCCAGUGGUCCGAAGACAAGCCCGGUGGUCAAGGGAUGUUUCGCUGUAAAAAUGAAAACCGCUACGAAGGUUCAUGGAAAGACGGAAAGAAACACGGUCCGGGAAAGUUUAUCUACCUAGACACCGGCCAGCUCUAUGAAGGGUACUGGGUGGCAGACAUACCGACGUGUGGCACCAUGGUUGAUUUUGGCAGGGAUGAAGCUCCCGUGCCCACCCAAUACCCCAUCCCCAAGAUCGAACUGGCGGAUCCAGACGGAGUCUUAGAAGAAGCUGUUCUGAUAUUACAGAAUGCCGAAAUAUUCAAUUCUCAGCCUCAGAAAGAACGAGGAUGAUUAUAAUUCUGCAAACAUUUCUCUGGUCAAGGCUGCUUUUUAACAGAAAGGUCUCUCUGAUGGAUGCCAUUCCUUGGAAUAUAUUAUCCUGGCUGUCUUUUGA